AAUAUGCUGUCUCUCCCACAAGGCAGCGCGCCGGCUCGAACGCGGCCGGCUACCGAUCCCUUUGUCAGGGCUGUGAGCUGCGCCCGACGGCCGCACCAUGAGCGGCUCGGGCGGGGCGGCUGCGGCGUCUGCCAGCUCCGCGCCGCCCGCGCAGGAAGAGGGCAUGACGUGGUGGUACCGCUGGCUGUGUCGCCUGUCGGGGGUGCUGGGGGCCGUCUCUUGUGCGAUCUCUGGCCUCUUCAACUGCAUCACCAUCCACCCUCUGGACAUUGCAGCCGGCGUGUGGAUGAUUAUGAAUGCCUUCAUCUUGUUGCUGUGCGAGGCGCCCUUCUGCUGCCAGUUCGUCGAGUUUGCAAACACGGUGGCGGAGAAGGUGGACCAGCUGCGUUCCUGGCAGAAGGCUGUCUUCUACUGCGGGAUGGCGGUCGUUCCCAUCGUUAUCAGCCUGAGCCUGACCACGCUGCUGGGCAACGCCAUCGCCUUUGCCACAGGGGUGCUGUACGGACUCUCCGCUCUGGGCAAAAAGGGCGACGCGAUCUCCUACGCCAGGAUCCAGCAGCAGAGGCAACAGGUGGAUGAGGAGAAGCUUGCGGAGACCCUGGAGGGGGAGCUGUGAAGGGCUGGGCACCUAUCCCUCCCUGCACCUCCUCUGGCUCUGUGUGGGUCCAAGUGAGACCUGAAUGAUCCGUGCCGAGACACAGCCUGGAGAAGGGUUUCUGUACAUGCCCCCACACCUGCAUUCCUCUGCCGCUUUCUCCAGACUCCAAACUGGCUUACACCGGGAGCCUCUGGCUGCUGGUGUGAGGGUCUGGACCGCUGGACUUGAGGCAGAGCUGAGCAGAGCCUGCAGUAGCUGUGUGUGGACAGCACCCGACCCUGCUCCUCUGCUGGGUGGGUCCACAGAGCUCACACCACAGACAGGGCUGCUGGUGACCUGCUGCGAUCUGGGAGCAGCCUCCCGGGAGAUGCUUGUCCUGGCUUGAGGGGAGGUGUGUCAAGUAGGACCUUGCCACUGGGCACUGAGCAGAGGGACCUCCCCCAGCUUUCUCGGCAGGUGGAGCCCUAAGGCCCGGGACAGCCUGCCGCUGCCCACAACCUCCCACUGCUGCCUGGGGUGCAGCGCCCACUGCUACUGGGCCUUCUGAAAAAGCCCACAGGGCUCCACAGAUGCACCCCUGUACCUGGAGUUGCAGCCUUGGCAGUGACUGGACAGCUGGGUGGGGGGUCCCCCUGUCAGCUCCUGGAACCUUGGACAGGCCACCCCAAGACUCCUCAGCUGCCCCUCCCCUCUGGGCCUGCUGGGGCCCCUAGGUUCUGCCCUUUCUCCCCCACCCCCGCCGGCCUUGGUGCUAAGGAAGUGGGGAGAGCAGGCUCUCCCUGGCACCCUUGAGGGUGCCCACAGUCUCCCUGGUGUGGCCCGGUCAUGUCAACUGCAGCCCCGCCCUGUUAGUGGGUUAGUGGGUCUGACCUCAGCCCCACUCAGGUGCUCUUGCCAGCCUGGCCAAGCCCUGCCCUCAGGGAGCUUCUGCUUUUGAAGAACUGGGCAGAGGCCACCGUCACUUCCCCACAUGGAACUGUCCCCACUGCCCCGGAUGCCAGGCCAUCAGGAAACAGACCUGCACAGGGAGGAUGCCGAGAGCUGCUGCCCAGGAAACCUAUCUCUGUCUUCCCUCUGCCAGCCUCUGUGAGGCUGGCUGUCGGGCAGGUGGGACCUGGCUAAGAUUGGGUGGGGCUUGGCAGAGGCAGGAGGGUGCAGAAGAAACUCUGCCUGCGGCCAACGCUGGGCUGGGCCUGCUCUGAGCUUCUGGAGCACAGGAACUAGGUCUUGCUAAGUGAACAGAAGCCCCAUGGCUGUGCCAGGGGUUGCCCAGGAACACCUUCCAGGCCCAUCCGCCUCCGAGGCCAGGAGUGGCAGGCUGGUAGGCGGGGGGUGGGGUUCUUUGGGCCCUGCCCAGUACUGCCCUGGGGUCUUGCUGGUGGGCUCCUGGGUCAGCAGCACCCCACCCUGGGAGUCUGGCCAGCUGAACCCCAGAAUGGCAGGGGCAUUAUAGCCUGGUGGACAUGUGCCUUCAGGGUUCCUCCGGGGCCACCUUCCUCAGGCCAGUGCUGGGUUCAAAGGGCUAUGUGUGUGUGUAUAUAUGUUUAUGUGUGUGUGUGUACACAUCUGUCCCACAUCUGCAGUGAGUGACUGUCUACCUCCCAUGAGGAGCAAGGGCUCUGCCUGCCCUCUGCUCAUUCUCACCCAGGUAGUGGGCCCCCAGGUCCCCUUCUGCCUGGUCUGCCUGCUGCUGCCCCUGCCAGAGCGGCCUCACUGGCAGCCAGAGACCGCAGAAGAAGGGUUGGCUGUGGAUCAAGGCAGGCUGCCCCUGUGCCCUGUGGGGAAAUGGUAGCUGCAUGGCUGGAUGCAGAGGUGGAAGACCCCUGGCCACAGGCGGGUUGGUGGGCAGGUCACCUGUCCCCCAGGGGCAUGCUGUCCAGCAGGAGCCCUGCCUUGCCAGAACAUCUCUUCCAGCAGCCUAGGUGGCCAGGCUGCACCUGCCUUGUCUGGGCUCUGUGGGGCAACCUUUCUCCCUUUUCUGCUCCUCGGUGUUUAUGCGCAUCUUGAGCAAUAAAGUGCGGCCAUGGCUCGCGUGCCUGCCCUCCA